AUGACGACGAGCCUCAAUUUCCCUCAUUCCACCGCGCCUCUGCGCACCGUCGAGGAAAUUCAGUUCGGCCUCUUCUCCGCGAAAGAGACCGAGCGACUCGCGGUCAUUGAUAUCGAAUAUCCUGAGACGAUGGAUGAGCAGCGCCUCAGACCUCGAGAGAAAGGUCCGAACGAUCCUCAUCUCGGAACAAUCGAUCGCAACUUCAAGUGCAGUACUUGUGAAGAGAACAUGAAUGAGUGCCCCGGUCACUUCGGCGUCAUCAAGCUUGCUACUCCCGUCUUCCACUAUGGCUUCAUGAACAAAGUCAAGAAGAUCUUGGAGACGGUCUGCCACAACUGUGGCAAGAUCAAGGCGCUUGAUAAUGCAGACUUCCAGCAGGCGAUCGCUACUCGAGACCCCAAGCGACGGUUCGAAGCCGUAUGGCGACUGAGCAAGCCUAGGAACAUCUGCGAAGCAGACCCCCCCGAAGACGCCGAUCAACUCUCGAAAGGACCAGCUCCACCCAAACAUGGCGGCUGUGGCAAUGCCCAGCCUGAUAUUCGUAGAACUGGCCUUCAUCUGUACGCCACAUGGAAGCCACGAAAAGGCGAUGAUGACGAAGAUACCACACCCGACAAGAAGCGGAUCUUCCCACAAGAUGUCCUCAAUACCUUCCGCACCUUGACCGACGAGACGCUACAGAUGAUGGGGAUCAAUCUCGACUAUGCCCGUCCUGAGUGGAUGAUCUUGACAGCACUUCCUGUGCCUCCUCCACCAGUCCGGCCCAGCAUCAGUGUGGACGGUAGUGGGCAGGGACAACGUGGCGAAGAUGACUUGACCUUCAAGCUGGGUGAUAUCAUUCGAGCGAAUCAAGCCGUGUUACGGACAGAAGUCGACGGUACGCCUGAUCACAUCAAGGUUGAUCUUUGCGAUCUUCUACAGUACCACAUUGCCACGUACAUGGACAAUGAGAUUGCUGGCUUGGACAAAGCACAACACAAGAGUGGUCGCCCCAUCAAGUCGAUACGUGCUCGACUCAAGGGCAAGGAAGGUCGUCUGCGACAGAAUCUGAUGGGAAAGCGUGUGGACUUCUCUGCGCGUACCGUCAUCACUGGCGACCCGAAUCUCUCCCUUGAUGAAGUCGGUGUGCCUCGAAGCAUUGCUCGAACCUUGACUUUCCCCGAGAGAGUUACUCAGAAGAACAUCGACAAACUCAAGAGACUCGUCGCCAACGGUCCAAAUGAGCAUCCUGGCGCGAGAUACGUCAUUCGAGAUUCUGGUGAGCGUAUCGAUCUGCGACACCACAAGAACGCUUCGGAAAUGAAUCUUCAGCAUGGCUGGAUCGUCGAGCGCCAUAUUCAAGAUGGAGAUGUCAUCCUCUUCAAUCGUCAGCCAUCUCUCCACAAGGAGUCCAUGAUGGGUCAUCGCGUGCGUGUCAUGCCAUAUUCGACCUUCCGACUCAACCUUUCGGUCACUGCGCCCUACAACGCCGAUUUCGAUGGUGACGAGAUGAACUUGCAUGUCCCUCAGAGCCAGGAGUCUCGAGCCGAGCUUGCAAACCUGUGCAUGGUUCCACUCAACAUUGUGUCUCCCCAGCGCAAUGCUCCUCUGAUGGGUAUCAUCCAGGAUACGCUUUGUGGUAUUUACAAGAUCUGCCGGCGCGACAUCUUCCUGACACGCGAGCAAGUCAUGAACAUCAUGCUCUGGGUUCCUGACUGGGAUGGGGUGAUUCCUCAGCCUGCGAUCAUCAAGCCAACACCUCGCUGGACGGGGAAGCAGAUGAUCAGCAUGGUACUCCCACCUGCCCUCAAUCUCGAGAGGCUUGAUGCCAAGGGUGAAGACCCAUAUGUGCCAACUAAUGACACUGGUCUCAUUGUCCUCGAGGGUAAUCUCAUGUUUGGCGUUCUCAGCAAGAAGUUCGUCGGUACUGGCGCUGGCGGUAUCAUUCACACCAUCUACAACGAGUUCGGGUGGGAAACUGCUCUGUCCUUUUUCAACGGUGCACAAACCGUCGUCAACUACUGGCUGUUGCACAAUGGUUUCAGCAUUGGCAUUGGCGAUACUGUCCCCGAUCCUGACACCGUGCAAAAGAUUCAAAAUGCCGUUGAUACCAAGAAGGCUGAGGUUGAGGAUCUUCAGAAGAAGGCAGAGGCCGAGGAUCUCGAGCCAUCCCCGGGCAUGAAUGUCCGUCAAACCUUCGAGAGCAAAGCCAUGAAUGCCCUCAACCAGGCUCGUGACCAAGCUGGUGCCGCAACCGAAGACAGUCUGAAGGAUCUCAAUAACGCCAUCACCAUGGCGCGUGCUGGUUCGAAGGGCUCGACUAUCAACAUCGCUCAGAUGACGGCUAUCGUUGGUCAACAGGCUGUGGAAGGCAAACGUAUUCCCUUCGGCUUCAAGUAUCGCAGUCUUCCUCACUUUACGAAGGAUGAUUAUUCUGCCCCCUCGAGAGGUUUCGUUGAGAACUCCUACCUUCGUGGUCUGACCCCCACGGAGUUCUUCUUCCACGCCAUGGCUGGUCGUGAAGGUCUCAUUGACACAGCUGUCAAGACUGCCGAGACUGGGUACAUUCAACGUCGACUCGUCAAGGCUCUCGAAGAAGUCACUGUCAAAUAUGAUUCGACGGUCCGCGACUCUCGCGGCAACAUUGUUCAAUUCAUCUACGGCGAGGACGGUCUGGAUGGUGCACACAUUGAAAAUCAGAAAGUCGACAUCAUUACUAUGUCGACUAAAGCUUUCAACGACCGUUACCUUGUGGACAUCAUGAGUGGCGACGUCUCCAUGUGGAAGGGUAGACUACUACAAGCCAGGGAGAUUCAGGGUGAUGUUGAGCUGCAGGAGAUGUUCGACCUCGAAUUUGCCAAUUUGAAGGCAUCUCAACAGCUACUGCGGAAUAUGGGCAAAGGGACCGAAGACUCAAUGCAACUGCCUCUCAACAUCGGCCGCAUCAUUGAUCAAGCGCAGAAAAACUUCAAGAUCCGUCGUGGUGACAAGACCGACCUUGAUCCCCGUUAUGCGCUGACCGCAGUCAAUCAACUAUUGGAUCGUCUUGUCAUUGUCCGCGGCGAUGACCCUAUCUCCAAAGAGGCUCAGGACAAUGCGACACUUCUCCUGAAGGCCCAACUCCGCUCACGACUGGCGUACAAGCGACUUGUUCUUGAACAUGGUGUCAACCGGUUGGCGUUUGACAACAUCAUUGGUGCAGUUGAGAGUCGCUUCACUGCAGCAAAUGCUGCCCCGGGCGAGAUGGUCGGCGUGCUAGCCGCUCAAUCCAUUGGGGAACCUGCCACACAAAUGACUCUCAACACCUUCCACUUCACUGGUGUGUCGGCCAAGAACGUCACUCUGGGUGUGCCGCGUCUUAAAGAAAUCUUGAACGUGUCGCAGAACAUCCGAACUCCGUCGAUGUCUGUCUACCAACUACCAGAAAACACCGGUGACAAGGAUGCUGCCAAGCUCCUCCGAAGUCAGAUUCAGCACACCAACCUCCGAUCUGUGGCAGAGACAUGUGAAUUGUGGUAUGAUCCCGAUAUUCAGAACACCAUCAUUCCUGAGGAUGUCGAUAUGGUCGACGCAUAUUUCAUCCUCCCCGAAGACGGCGAAGCCGAUCUCUCUCUUCACUCCAAGUGGAUGCUGCGCGUCAUUCUCAGUCGUGCAAAACUUCUCGACAAAGGUCUCGAUAUCACUCAGGUUGCCGGCAAGAUCAAGUCUACCUAUGGCAAAGAUCUCGCCGUCAUAUACAGCGAUCGAAAUGCCGAUGAGCAAGUUGUCCGCAUUCGUCUCGUCCAGAACUAUGGCAAAGAUGAGGAGGACGACCGCAAAGAAGACGAUGAGAUUCUGCGACGCUUCUUGAACGAAAUGCUUGAUCACCUGACUUUCCACGGUGUUCCUGGUGUGGAGAGAGCCUUCAUUGACCAGAAGAGCCGUUCCAUUAUCAAGCCAGAUGGCUCUGUUUUCAUGGCCAAGAGUGACCCUGAGUGCAAUGAGUAUGUGCUUGAGACGACGGGCAGUGCCUUCGCCAAGGUGCUUGCGGUGGAAGGAGUUGAUGCCACUCGCACUUAUACCAAUCGCUUCACUGAGGUCUUUGAGGUGCUCGGCAUCGAAGCUACUCGGGCCGCCAUUUUACGCGAGUUGACUCAAGUGCUGUCGUUUGACGGUUCUUAUGUCAAUGCCCGUCACUUGGGCAUUCUUUGCGAUGUCAUGACUUCGCGUGGAUAUGUCAUGGCCGUCACUCGUCACGGCAUCAACAAAUCUGACACUGGCGCACUGAUGAGAAGUUCCUUUGAACAGACUGUUGAGAUCUUGCUUGAGGCUGCGGCCGCUGGUGAAUUGGACGACUGCAAGGGUGUUUCGGAGAAUAUCAUCCUCGGUCAACAUGCGCCUGUCGGUACUGGAACCAUGGAGAUACUGUUGGAUCAGGCCAUGCUAGCCACCCUACCAGCCAACAGCGGGUACGGACUAGGCGGACCGAUUGGUAUCAAGACCAGCCAACAGCUCCUCGAAGGUGCUGCUACUCCUUACGAUUCCGGCUCGCCUAUGCAGGACAACGGCUACUUGGGUUCUCCCGACUACGGCGCCUCAUUCUCGCCCAUUGCAGCUCCUGGCUCAGAGACUCCAGGCGGGUUCACCGACUAUCAACCUGGGUUCGGUGGCGCCGGAGGUUUCAGUCCUUAUGGGUCGCGAAGCCCUGGUGGUUACUCACCUGCCAGUCCGUUCGGCACGACCAGUCCAACUUCGCCUGGCUUCUCGCCUACUGCUGGUUACUCACCAACGUCUCCGAUGUUUGGCGCGACUAGCCCUGGCUUCGGUCCGACAUCACCGUCGUUCUCACCAGCAAGUCCUGCCUUCACUCCGACAUCGCCUGCGUACUCGCCCACUUCCCCUGGGUAUCAGUCACCGACUUCGCCCAGUUACUCCCCUACCUCGCCAAACUACUCGCCGACAUCUCCGGCUUACGGUUCGCCAACUUCACCCAGCUAUUCGCCAACCUCGCCGGCGUUCAGCCCUACAUCUCCCACAUCGCCUACGUCGCCUGUCUACAGUCCGACGUCACCGAUGUACAGUCCGACGAGCCCAAUGUAUGGUGGUGGUGGCAAUAAGCAGUCUCCUACGUCGCCGAGCUACUCCCCCACCUCGCCGACUUACAGCCCUACCAGCCCGUCUUCGCCAACGAGUCCAUCAUACUCGCCGACGAGCCCGGUUUACAAUGCUUCUCCCAGAAGUCCUCAAGCUAGGAACCAGUCUCCUACUAGCCCUCAAUACUCUCCCAAUAGUCCACAGUAUUCGCCAACUUCUCCAAAGGAGGAUUGA